AACUCAUUUAUGACACACUUAGUUUCAUCUUCGUCUGUGAACUCGCCACGUUUGGUUACUGGUGCUUCAAAGUUUCUUUUGUAUAUAUGAUAAUUUCUAAAUACAGAUAAGAACAGUUCAACAAGGGAUAUUGCUAAACCAACUACAUGAAAGACUUCAAAUAUGAUGACCAGAUCUCGAUCCGCUGAUGCUGCUAAAAGAAGCGUUAGUUCUUCAACAAACAAGGAAGAACUUGAACGAAACAACAGCCAUGUAGACUUUCGCUCAACGACAAACGGUGUGGACAAAAAGACAGCUGGCGAGAAAAACAUGAAAACUCAUCAGGCAAGCCUUAAGGGAGACAGAGGGAAUAUAGCCGUUCUUACGUUUCUGUAUGUUCUUCAAGGAAUCCCUCUAGGGCUGGCCGGCGCUAUGCCGAUGUUGCUUCAAACACGAAAAGUCGCGUACAAAGAUCAGGCAACGUUUAGUUUCGUAUUUUGGCCUUUUAGCAUGAAGUUGUUGUGGGCGCCUAUCGUAGACACUCUUUACUUUUCGCGAUUUGGCCGAAGGAAAUCAUGGCUUGUUCCUGUGCAAUAUUUGUUAGGAAUUUUUAUGCUCGUACUUUCAAAGGUAAGUUUCUUAUGAUUGGACGCGCGUUCAUGCAGGUACUUAUUAAUUAAAUGCCCAGUCAUUCUGCUGAUGAUACAACCUGUACAGAAAUUUGUUUCAAACUUUGCUUGUUGAUUGUUCAUCUUAAAGAUAAUUAAAUUUGGAAUGAAACCAGAAGAUCUCCUCGCCCAAUCCUGGGGAUGGUGUCUUGUUGUGCUUAAGGAAUUUGUCUUUCUCUGUCUUAUCACCGAAUUUGAGAUUUACUAAUUAGUUGAUCCUAGCAUUAUUCAGGAUGAAUGUCACAUAUGAACCAAGAAAUCUAUAACCUGGCUCACCACAGAGUUUUCUGUGGCUCAGAUUACAGGUUCAGUUCCUCAUGGGGAACCAGAGUUUUUUACUUGUCUCGUGCUCAUUUCAAAACGAAAAACAUCUGGGCAAGAUUUCCAUUAACCUUCGUACAUCAUUAUGCAUACAAUUCGUGAAUGAAAUAAACUGUGGCAUAAACAAUACAUUCCCCUUAGGAGUACAGCUUUGUUUUAGUAUAGUAUGGAGUUGUAGUGGAAUCUCUCUAACAUCUUUCUUUAUUUCAUAAUACCAAGUUUAAAAUAUACCUUCUCUCUUAUACUAUUUACCCACAAAAACUUCAAUAUUUGCUUUUUUUCAGCACAUAAAUGAACUGUUGGGUGAAAGUAGUGAAGAAGGGCCAAGUAUCAUCUUUUUAACAGGGAUUUUCUUUUGUUUGAAUUUCCUUGCUGCAACUCAAGAUAUUGCUGUGGAUGGUUGGGCACUGACAAUGUUGUCCAGGGAAAAUGUUGGCUGGGCGUCAACUUGCAACACAGUUGGCCAAACAGCAGGAUUCUUUAUGGGGAAUGUUGUAUUCUUAGCUCUUAGCUCUGCUGACUUCAGUAACAGGUAUCUUCGAUCACAACCAUCAUCAGAUGGAGUUGUCACCUUUUCGGGAUUUUUUUACUUCUGGGGAAUUGUUUUUUUAAUCACCACAACACUAGUUGGGUUGCUGAAACGGGAAAAGUCAGAACAAGAGCUCCAUGGAGAAGAGUCUGUGGAAGGAGUAGUCGAUGGGUAUAAAACAUUGGGCAAAAUUUUGCGCUGUCCCAGUAUUUUGAAAUUGAUCGUUAUCUUGCUAACAUUUAAGGUAAGAUUUAUUAUCCACUAACACCUUAACAUCAGUAUGUACAUUCUCCAUAUCAUUCUUCAGGCAAUUCCUAAGGUGCUGACAAGGAGAAUGUAUUAAACAAUCCUGAGCCUGUAUAGUUGGUGAUAAUGUACUAAAUUCCCGUGACCUAAAUGUGUGAUUCAGGCGUAAUAUUAUAAGUAGAAUUUAGGAGCUAGUCACUCUUGGUAUUCGUGUUUCAGGGUUAUCAUUAGAAGCCAGUAGUCAGCACAAACCUGCUGGCUGUCAGACCAUUUUUACUUUGUGAAUUGUGACAGAAAAGAAAUAUAUUUUUGAACCAUUUUUAAGAUCAAUAUCUGCCAAAAAAAUUGUUACUCAAAUAAGUCCCAGAAUGCUAGAAAACAUGGCAAAGAGAGUUUCAAUUUUCAUAUUUCAUGGGGAUAGCAUGCUCCUGGAUCUCCCAGAACUUGCAAAACAUGUUGCUUGCACAAUCUAACUCAAUUGAGCCUUCUAGUGUUUAGUUCAGAUCAUACAUUUUCUAAAGACAAGCCUGCACUUUCUCUUACAAUGGAACCCCACAGUGCGCUGGAAAAUGUUUUCUUUUUCUUUGAUUUUUUAGUAUCUAAUGACAGAUGUAAUGUUUUGCAUACUUUAUGGUUACAAAGUACGUUUAUUAAGUAAAAAUUGAUACUGUUCUAUUCAUUUUUUUUCCCAGAAAAAUAGAAAGCACUACUCUAUUUAUUUUUUUUUUGUUUCACAAUGAAAUUUGGGAUAGAAGUGGAAACAUUCUGAUAAGGGCUAUUCUUGUAUUCAUCUUCUUUAUAUUUGUGCUGUAUCUGUGUUUAUUCUUCUUUUGUCUUUUGUAAUUGCUCAAUUUUCAGUUUGUUUUUUUAUUAGACUAAUUUUGCUUAAUACAUACAUGCAUAAGUAAGUUACAGUAACAUUUUAGCUCGACCAACAUUUCUACUCUGCCAAGGGUCAGUUACUCUUCUACAUGUACCUUGAAACUGUGAAUAUAAUAUUAUUAGGGGUGCCCAUUAUUUAAAAGCCCUGUGGUUUCUCAUGUUUAGGAUGUGGAAUACAUUAGUAGAUUCUAUGUACUGGGAAAAUACUUGACUUAAAUUCAUGUGCAAAUUCUUGACAUUCAGGUUGGCUUCUCUGCAGCUGACUCUGUGACUGGCCUCAAGCUGAUUGAAGCUGGAGUUCCCAAAGAGAAUCUAGCUCUUCUUGCCAUUCCCAUGGUUCCAAUACAGAUUUUAUUGCCACUUUAUAUCAGCAGAUAUACAGCAGGUUGGUAAAUAUGAAUGUGACUCUUCAAAAAAAUGUGCAGAUGACAAUACUUAUAGGCAUGUUCAUAAAUGCAUGAUACUUGAUGUUUAUUAAUUUGAUUAUUUUGAGAUGAAUGCAUACAUAUCAAUUAAGAAAUAACAGUUUAAUUGUAAACAGUUUUCACUGUAUUGAGGGAGAUCUCAAAACUAGUAACAGCUGAUAUGAAAACUAAAGGAAAACACGCCCCAUAAGAGUGACAAGCAUCUGAAUUCUCCUUACAAUGUCACCUUCAAAUGGCACUUUAAUGUCCCAACAAUGAAGGAAAUGAUCAGUAACUAAAAAGGCUCUAGGUUGUUAAACAAAUUCUCCUUGUCAGCACCUUAGGAAAUACAAAGAGAACAGUAUGGAGAAUAUGCAUUCUGAUGUAAGAGUGUGAAGGGUCAAUGGUUCAUUCUGAUGGGGGGGGAGGGGGUGGGUUGGAUCUGAAAUUGUUGUGUUCUUUCUUUUGUGAGAAUCUCUGUUUCUCUUCACAGGUCCACGUCCUCUUGAUUUGGGUCUUAAGGCCUUUCCUUAUAGACUGCUUAUGGGUGUGGUCAUCAUGAUGUGUGUCUGGUGGGCCAAUAUUGUGCGUGGGCCUGGGGAGGAAUUCUUUCCGUUAUACUUUUACUUAACAAUUCUGCUGGUGUAUGCAAUCCAUCAGGUACUUUUCAUUACUGUUUGUUUUCAUGAAUUUUCUUGAAUAGUUUCAAGAAACCUUUGAUCAUUUAUGAUGCACUCUAAAGAAAAAGGGGCCAUCAUUGGAGGUACUUCGUGUACUACACAGGAUUUUUCCAUGGAGUAAGUACGGGUGAUAAAACAUUUUUAAAUGUUUCUUUGAGUACUGGUGUUAUAGAGAAUUUUUUUUUUUCCUUUGGACGAGAAGUGGGUGAAGCUACUCAUCCACACAAGUUGGAACUUACGUUAGGCUCUUUCAACAUAUGUUCUUACUGCGAGGGUAUUCAAAGUCUCGUGUAUACAGGUGUAUGCUGUUUAAGUUGCUUGUUUGACAGCAAACAUGCAAACUAUCUCGUUAUGUCAAGUUGAUUUCGUUUUAUUAACUGAAUUACAUGUAGCCACUGCAAAGACUUCAUAAAGCUGACGUUUCAGGCCUUAAUGUCAACUUUUGUCAGCCCAUUCGCUCUAGCAAAGGGCUAACGCUCGAAACAUUAUCUGUAGAUACUCUUGACGGUUACCACUUUACAUCAUCAUCUCAGUUGUCUUGUAAUAACCCCCCUCCCCUCCCCCCCCCCCCUUCACUGAUGCAGCACCACAGUUUCUGCAGAAACUUACAUGUACCUUCUUUAUUUAUAUAUAUCUGCUUGUCGCGUGAUUGCGUUGAAAUAUUGACGUCGUUAUAUGUCACUUAUCUCUGAUGAGGGGAGUAAGUUUUUAAAGAAACUGUGGUGCUCCGUCGUUGGGAGAGUAUAGCGGGGUAAUUAAGUAUUAACAAUAGAGUUGAUAACGUAAAUUGACCACCCUUAAGAGCUUGAAAGCUAACGUUUCGAUCGUUCGCUCUUCGUCAAUUGUUCUGACAAAGCGCUAGCGAUCGAAACGUCAGUUUUCAAACUCAUAACGGAGGCCGGUUUACGUGACGUUAUCAAAUCAGUUGAUAAUAAUAAAUUACGCUGUAUCUCUGAUGAGCCUUAGUCUCCUAUUCUGAGCUCUCGUCCUUUUCCUCGUGGACCGCCAACAGGUGUCCCUGUAUUGCAUGUUUGUGGCCUUCAUGGCUUUCCACGCCCGCAUCAGCGACCCGCGGGUUGGAGGGACGUACCUAACACUUCUUAACACGGUGACGAACCUGGGAGGAAACUGGUGCCAGACUCUGGCACUGUGGUUGGUGGAUGGGCUUACCUGGACAAACUGUAUUGGUGCUUCUGUACCGGGACUCCACUGCAGCGGCAAGACAAAUGCAAAGGUGUGGGGAAACAUCCCGCGAAUAUUUCUCUAUUAGAUACAUUUUAUGAUAUCGCAUUUUCUACCGAAAAGUUUGAGAUACUUUGCGGUGCAUGUAGCAACUAGGGAAAACCAGAUUUACUUUUCCAGACAUACAGUUAUCAGAGACACAUGACACAAAUUUAUACUUCAGCCUCUAGCCACCUUUGAGAAGUUGCUCACAGGUCGUGCCUCUUACACAAUGAACAGCAAACAAAUAUAAGUGUGGUAUUGAGUGUUUUGUUUUGUUCCUCCUCUUUUUGUAGGAUUGUACGAAUGCUGGAGGCGUUUGCCAAACUAUGGUUGACGGCUAUUACGUAGAGUCCAUCGUUUGUGUCGUCAUUGGUAUUGUAUGGUUGAGAUGGAAAGGUCAGAAGACAAGAUCUCUGCAAGAUUUACCUGAAUCAGCUUGGAGAUAUCAGUAAAAUAUGGAAAGCAACGAGCUGUAUGCAUAAAACUUAGGUUUAACUUUGUUCAAUACACCUUCUAUGUAAGUGUAUACCAUUUUGCGAAAGUACGGAAUAUUUUCAAGAACUACCGGAAGUUAACGAAGAAAUAUAGUUGGUAACAAUUGAAACCAUGCGCAAUAUUAAUGUAGUGGAAAAUUUAUUUACACUUCUUUGUUACAUAAUGAUACACUGAAACUUUAAUAUAAAAGGAAAACGGUGUUGAAUGUUACCAAUAUCAAAAUAUUAAACGCACAAUACUACAUUUAAAUAUAAAUUAAAUGCGACUACAGACAUAUAUGCACGAGUUAAAUUGAUAAUUCAGCUGAGUCAUAUCUGCUUGUGCUCGGGCUCUGCCAGUGGUUAAUCCUGGGCUCUCGCUUCAUACGAUUUCCGAACUUAUUUCAGUUGGAAAUUUCAUGGGGCAUAUGAAAGAUGUCAUUCCCUCUUUACUCUGUUUUCAUAUGCUUUUCUUAUGAUGUUUCAAAGGACUUAUACGUCCAAAAAUUCGGACUCACGCAUGCGCUCUACAGUCUCAACGGUAUUAAGUGCCUUAUGCCGAACGACCCUGAAUAUUUCAGUACCCGGUUGUCCUAUGAAGCGAUUGAGUUAAGUAAAUGUAUUCGUAAAGAAGAUCAUCAUAUGCAAACCUUGAAAUAUGGUCAUUACGAAUUAUACGCAACUAGUAAUUUUGAAAUGACCAGUUAAAUACAACGUACUGUAACAUGUGCGUUUUGUACCAAUUUCUGGUGGAAACCAUUUUUGGCUAUUUUACAUUCCGUUAGACUAGCCAUAGUAAAAAAACAAGGAGAGGGAGGAGAUUAUGAGAAUUGUAACCCCAAGUGCCACAUAGGACUAAACAUACUGUUGCCCCGAGCAAUGCUUUUGUUUAAGAUCGUUGACGAAGUAGAUAAACAUAGUCUAAAUUCUGUGUGGUUCUGAAGAAAUAAAUGGAUUUCCAGAUUUCUUUAUCAGUGAAUUAUUUUAGGUGAUUAAGUGACUUUCCUGCGUUAGCAAGGAGCUAUCUAAACAAAAUUCAAGCGUUUGACUAAAUUUAAGAUGGUCUCGAACUCGGUUUUAACUUAGCAACGGCGAAAGUUUUUCUAAAUAACUGGCCUAUUGUUGGUUUAAGUAUAUCUCAAUAUAAUGUACAUUUACAUGGCAUGCAAUACGUUACUUACAGCUGUACGAUACUUUUAUCACUACGCCUACCUUUCAUUAUUUAUUGCAAAAAGUGAAAAAUUGUUGCUUUAAACGAUCUUGAUUUAGAGGGACUUAAACCAGUAGCAUCACACACAUCUGAUUAGGAAUUAUUUUUGCUAUGAUGAUAAACAUAAAAAGUUUCUUUAUAUUUCCUUUUAUUUAGUAUCCUCUAGCUAACUAGGGACGCUGUUAUCAUCUUAAUAAGAUACAUGAAAAAAUUACUCAGUUCUAAUUGGUUAAGGUGAAUGUAUUUUUCAGGUAAUUCAGUGCAGAAGAGGGUUAAUUCGGUGCAAAGAAGUAACAAACCAGGUUGAACAAUUCCUUGAGCUGUUUAGCCGGACUAUGAACUUUUUUGCGCCUUUAAGAUGUAAAAAUAUAAUUGUAGAUUAUUGUUUUGAUCGUACGCUGUUGUUUUGACCACACGCACAAAUGUCACUUGCAGGGUUUGAAUAAAUUAUUUUUUCACUCGAUGCGCGGGCUUUGCUUCUGCAUAAUUAUGAUAAGCUAUCUCUUAUUUUAUCAUGUAUAUCAUUGAUACGUAAUCACAUAAUUUUUCUCGUACAACUUAGAAUAAUUAAGCAUUUGUAAUCAUUUUCAAAGACCACAAAUUGCACUCGUGCAAUCUUUCUAGUCUUAGAAAAAAUUUUUAAUUUAAAUCAUACCUAAGUAAAUCACAUGUAAAAUGUUAUGAAUCUCAAAUAUGUAGCAGUAUAGAAGUAGAGGAGAAGGUCAACUAAUGCCAACCUUUUUUUUUUCGCGAAUGUCUGACUGUUUUCGAACCAAACGGUCUUAUGUUGUCAAAAUAACGUCCCCGUCAUGUUAAACUGCUCAUUCAGGUAGAGAUAAAAAUACGAAAACAGCUGUUCAUUCAACGUGUAUAAUGAAGAAAAGUGAAUGUGAAAGUAACUCCAUGCGAAUUUCUGCGUAUUUAAGGAGAAGCAUUAAUCGCUCAGAUGUUAAAAUGGAAAAUAACUAAAUAUCCAUUCAUCUUAUCUGUAAUAUGAAACAAUGAAACAUUUAAAAUAUCCUUAGACAAGGGAAACGCUUUAACAUUUCAUUGAAGUUAACGCCUUUGUCGAUUUAAAAUUAUACGUUACCGUACCUGUAACUUUUCUCUUAUAGCGAAAAUAUUCCACAGAAAGGAAUUAAACUGAUACGAAAU